AUGUCUCGGCUUUCAGCACUGUUGGUAGCGUUGGCUGCUACUGCUCGCGGCACUCUUGUAUUAACUGGAACUUCAGUCCAAGUCGACAGUGUGCCUUACUUCAUCUCUCCGUUCUCGCAGGGCCAGGCCUGCAAUCCCGUCAAUCUUAAGCAGGACCCGACGCUUGCAGACUUUAUACCUGUGACGUUUGUUGCACAAACACCCUUGGAGAGUAGUUUGCAUGACCUGUUUGCAACCUGGAGCUCCCGAGAUGAUGUGUGGCAACCAGGGUUUCUCGAAGCUAUCCUUGUUGGAGAUUUCAAUGCGUCAGACAGCUCGCAGGAGAGUUACCUGAAUAUCUCAUCCACUAUAUUACCUCUACAGCGCCCUGGCAUUCCAUCAGGGCCAUACUUCCUUCACACAGCAACAGGAACUUUGCAUCAAGCAUUCCGCCUAUACGAAGACUUUGCGGGAGCAUUCACGCAGUCUCUUCUUCAGCGCCCAGACGGGAGAUUCCAGGCGCUUUCAGCUCAGAUACCGGCUUCAGCUUCAAUUACUAUUGGCGUCCCUUCUCGACUGUACUUCAUGCCCAGCAAAGAGAAGCCUCUAGCAGGCGUGCGAGUCGGAGUCAAGGACAUCUUUGCUCUCGCCGGCGCCAAGAGGUCCAAUGGCAACCGGGCAUGGUACGGUCUAUAUCCACCAGCCAACCAGACGGCUACAGCAAUCCAGAACCUGAUCGAUGCUGGCGCUAUCAUCGUGGGCUUACAGAAGUUGUCGCAGUUUGCAAAUGGCGAGGCAGCAACAGCAGAUUGGGUCGACUACCAUGCACCAUUCAACCCUCGAGGCGAUGGUUACCAGGACACGUCUUCAUCAUCUGCCGGCGCAGGUGCGUCCAUUGCUUCUUAUGAGUGGCUUGAUCUUGCCAUUGGGAGUGAUACUGGCGGCUCAAUUCGUGGCCCUGCUGGGGUCCAGGGCCUUUUUGGUAACCGUCCAACACGUGGACUUGUGAAUCUCGACAACGUCAUGCCUCUGAGCCCGGUGUUGGACACUGCUGGAUUCCUGGCGCGAGACCCAGAGAUCUGGGAUGCUGCUAAUGCGGCACUGUACGGAGACAACUACACCUCAUAUGCGGACAGAACGUUCAGGUACCCCAAGACCUUGUACGCGUUGGACUUGCCUACCAAGAACGAUCCUGCGGCACAGAUACAGCGGAAAUUCGUUUCCGAUUUGGCACUGUUCUUGAAUACCUCGGUCACGACUUUGGACUUGGAAAAGGAAUGGGCCACUUCCGGUCCUCUGCCGAUGAAGGACGAGAAACUAACCGAGUUCUUCAACUACACGUACGCCGCCCUCAUUGCCAAAGAUCAGACUAAGCUUGUUCGUGAUCCGUUCUACAAGGACUACGCUGCUGCUCAUGACGGGCGUCGUCCAUUUGUUAACCCCGUCCCUCUCGCACGAUGGACCUGGGCUGACUCGCAACCGGACUCUAUUUACGACGAGGCGGUGCACAACAAGACGGUCUUUAUGAACUGGUUCAACAAAAGGAUUCUCCCUGCGCAUCAUCUGACCUGCUCCUCUGGAUUCCUCAUUCACAUAGACAGCAGUGGAGGCUUCAGCAGCCGCAAUCAAUACCUCAGCCUGCCUGGACUACCAUUCGGGUUCUCGAAUGCGGGCAUCUCCAUCUUUUCCGAAGCCCCCGACAGUGUUUUUCCCCUCGGUCAGAUUCCGGUCUUUAGCUCCAUCACAAACCAUACCGAAUACCUUCCGGUGACGAUUGACGUGAUUGCUGCGCGAGGAUGUGACGGGUUGAUUGCAAGACUGGCAAAGGACCUUGUUGCAGCGGGAGUUCUCAAUGCCCCCAGCACUGGCUCAGGACUUGAUGGCGGAACCAUACUGCUGAGGAGAGAUUAUCGGUACUGA